AGUGUAGAUGGCGUUCUUUCCUAGGUGUUUCACAAACAUGAUUGUUGACUUUCUACUUCAAUCUUCCUCAAUUACUUUAAAUCUAACUAAUUUAAGAUGAAACUCGUCAGCAGAUAUAUUGACAGAGACGGCACAGGACGGGUCGCUCUCAUCCCCGAGAAUCCCGAAGAUAUGUGGCAUGCUUACAACCUUAUUUCUCAUGGAGACACCAUCAGAGCCUCAACAAUUCGGAAAGUCCAAACUGAAUCGGCAACUGGCUCAUCUUCCAGCAGCCGAGUAAGGACAAUGCUCACUAUAGAAGUUGAAACCAUAGAUUUUGAUACUCAGGCCUGUGUAUUAAGGUUAAAAGGAAGAAAUGUAGAAGAAAAUCAAUAUGUCAAGAUGGGAGCAUACCACACAGUUGAUAUUGAGCCAAACAGAAAAUUUUCGCUAACCAAAGCUUGCUGGGAUGUAGUGGCCCUUGAACGCAUUGAUAUGGCUUGUGAUCCAAGUCAGAAUGCAGAUGUUGCUGCAGUUAUUAUGCAUGAAGGUUUGGCAAAUGUCUGUCUGGUCACAGGAGCAAUGACCCUUGUCAGAGCUAAAAUUGAUGUUACUAUUCCUCGUAAGAGAAAAGGAAGCACAUCACAACAUGAAAAGGGUUUACAAAAGUUUUACGACACCGUCUUACAAGCCAUUCUUCGGCACGUCAAUUUUGAAGUCACACGAUGCAUUUUGCUCGCCUCUCCCGGUUUUGUGAAGGAUCAUUUCUUUGAAUAUAUGAUGCAAUGGGCUUCGAAAAAUGAUAAUCGAAUGCUGAUCGAUAACAAAUCAAAAUUUCUUCUUAUUCACGCCUCGUCAGGAUUUAAACAUUCAUUAAAAGAAGUUUUAGCCGAUCCCGCUGUCACAUCGCGCAUGGCCGAUACUAAAGCCAUGGCUGAAGUGAAAGCACUUGAAAAUUUUUAUUCAAUUCUACAAACAGAGCCAAGUCGUGCCUUCUACGGCCUGAAACACGUUCUAAAAGCCAAUGAAGGCCAAGCUAUUGAUACUCUUUUGGUUUCCGAUAAUCUUUUCAGGUCUCAAAGUGUUGAGGAACGUAAAAAGUACGUUAAGCUCGUUGAAAGUGUGCGAGAUAAUGGAGGUAUUGCCCGCAUUUUCUCCUCACUUCACGUUUCGGGGGAACAACUUAUGCAGUUAACUGGUGUGGCCGCAGUGCUUAGGUUUCCUAUGCCAGAGUUGGAAGAUGAACCGUUGGACAGUGAUGAAGACUCAGAAUAAUAAAGCUAACAAUCGAGAGAUUCCUUGCCUUUUUUAAGUCCAGUCCAAAUAUUUCCCCACUGCACUUAUGUUGGAGGUGUAAAUAAAAUAAGGAAGUCCCUGCUGUUAAAUAA